UUGAGUGCCGGCGAUUCAAAAAGAUCGCUACUUAUAUGAAAUAAUUACUUAAAUUGUUAACAAUAAAUUGAACAAGAAUGGAAAAUCCAGUCUAUAAUAUAAGUUCUAGUGACAGUGAGGAUGAGACGAGCCGUAAACCUGGACUGCCUCUGUCCGCGGCAACAACAAAUAAAGAAAUUCUGGCCGUGGUUUCAGACGACGAUGCAAAUUCAGAUGAUUUGCCGGAGGUCGCAUUAGAAGGCACUGAGACACAGCCCACAGACUCACAAUCCGAUCAAAUCAGUGGGAAACGGAAGAUUACUGGGAGCCCAAAAGGCAAAGGCAAGAAGAAAUCAAAAUCAUCAAUAGACAAGGAAAUAAAAAAACAGAAGUUGGCUGAAGAGAAGUCUGCUAAGAAGAUAGCUGAAAACACAAACAAGAUUUACAAGCCUGGAGAAUGUAUGAAGUACAUGAACGUAGAAGGUCACCCAACACUUUGGGAGCGGUGGUACAUGUCAGACGUGCCCCGUGAGGUGACAGCUGCCGGGGCUCAUGUGGUACAAGCCAGUGAUCUGUGUGACCCUGCGCUUGUCGUGUGGAGUAGAAACCUGCCGAGGAGCCUGGAGAAAGAUGGAGGACAGGUAAAGCUAACCCCCGCCCGUACAUCAUGCUCCCGCGCCCUGUACAUAAGCGACGCGGACGAGCUGAGCUCGCACGUGCGGACACACUCGCUCGCGUCACAGCUCGCGCAGGCGCAGCAGCUGUGUGACUGUAGUGUCACACUGCUUGUGUUCAACCAGGACUACUUCAAAUCGCCUCGUCGCAAAACUUCGAACAGUAAUCGAACACCAGUAACGGAAGUUGAAUUUGAAUUGGCCAUUACAGAUCUGCUUGUAAGCACGGGCUGUGACACAGUGAUAGCGAGCACGCCGAAUGAGUUAGCGCUUACCAUCGUGCAGUUCACUAAGGCAAUCGCUGAAGCACCCUUCAAAAAAGCGAAACGCUUGUGUGACGAACAAGCUGAGUUCUACAUGAGAGGUGACAACAAGAAGUGUGUAGCAGUCGAUAAAGAUGGAGCUGGAAUGGGCCGACUCUGGCAGCAGAUGAUAGCCAUACUGCCGCAGUCCAGCCUCGAGGUGUCCAGGGCUCUCUGUGCCAAGUAUAAGACUCCACUUGAAUUGUACGAGGAGCUGAGCAAAGACAAAAUAGAGGAAGUAGCAGACAUAGGAGUGUCUCGGGCUGCAGUCGCCGGCUCCAAGUCGCGGCGCAUCGGCCCGGAGUUCGCGCGGAAACUGCACACGCUGUUCACUGCAAGCCGCGGGGAUAUAUUAAUUGACUGAAUCUGAUCUCAUUUACAUUAAAUAAUAAAUUAUGUGACUCAUCU